AUGAUCAAUAUCUUCAAUCCGUGGACAGCCUUCAACAACGUCAUCUUCUACAUCACGCUGGUGCUCAGCGCGGGGGGCGUGGCGGGCAACGGCGUCCUGAUCUGGAACCUGGUUUUCCACAUCAAGAAAGGCGCCCUCAACCUCUACCUGCUCAACCUGGCCGCCGCCGACUUCCUGUUCCUUUCCUGCCAGGUGGGGUUCUCCUGCGCCCAGCUCCUCCGGGGCUCGGCCGACAGCGCCCUCUACUUCGUGAUCACCUUUCUGUGGUUCUCGGUGGGGCUGUGGGUGUUGGCCUGCUUCUGCCUGGACGGCUGGCUGUCCAGCGUCGCCUGCUACCAGCGCCGCCGCCCCCGGAUCACCUCGCCCGUGCUGUGCGCGCUGGCCUGGGCGCUCGCCCCGCCGGCCGUGCUGCUGCCCGCCGAUGCCUGCGGCAUGCUGACCGCGGGCGCUCGCUGGCUGACCUGCGUCCGCUACUAUUCAGUCAGCAUCGUCUGGCUGCUGGCCCUGGUGGGCGUGGGCUUCGGGGCCACCAUGGCCUUCAUCGUCUGGGCCAGUUGCUGCGCCCCCACGAGCCAGCGCCCCAAGUUUUACAGCCUCGUCCGGAGCUCCGGCCUUCUGCUCCUCUUCUGCCGCCUGCCCCUGGUCAUCUGCUGGAGCCUGCGGCCGCUCCUGGCCUUCCUGUUCUCCUUCCUGCCCCCGCUGGCCACCCUGCUGGCCUGUGUGGACAGCAGCUGCAAGCCCCUCCUGUACUUGCUGGCGGGGAUGCAGCUGGGGAGGCGGGAGGCGCUGAGGGUGGUCCUGCACAGGGUGCUGAGCGAGGAGACCCAGCCGGGCCUGCGUGGGCUGGCCCUGCCCAUGGCCCGCGUCUAG